ACGCACCGAUGUAUAUGGGGAAUACUUUCGAUUCCCUUGAUAGAUUAUGUCAUCCCCGCGUGACGUUGACUAAUAGCUUCAAGCAAAUCGACAGAGUUUAAACUAUUACACGUUGUUUUGAUUCAGUUUUUUUUUUUCAACCAUUUCUUUUACUUUUUGGACGAUCUAUCCAUUCAUUUCUUACGUUAGAAUCGAACAAUCUCAGGAGACAGCGUGCAUUGAUAUUAUAAAUUUGAAUGAAAGUAAAACGAGAUAAAAGAAUAAUAAGGAUCUGACGCAAUCGGUGCAAGGUUUAUGCUAAUUCAAUUCUUUAUAUUAAAUACCGACAUUUCACGACCACGCGUUGAUGUCACCGAAAUGAGUCUCGUUUAUUCGCUUGUAUAUCCGAAUCGUAUGAUAAUUUUUAGCAAUAAGAAUAAGUCAGGUGGUCUAGUUUAUUUUAUUGAUCUGUUCAAUCGACGGAUAAACUUGUAUCUCAAUUUUGAAACUAAUUUUUCACAAAUUUCAAGGACCAUCGGAACACCUGCACUGUAUGCGAUCUAUUAUCAGGGUCAAUUCGUGUUCAGGGUGCAAUCGGAUAAUGGGAAUCAUUGAUAACGCAAGGCGUGAAUUGCAAGGCGAAUUUGAUACCUCGAUAGAUAAGAGAGAGCUGAAUGACAAACCGCAAGCCUGAGGCUCUGGUUUCGAUGCGUUGAUCGAGAAAAUAGAUUUAUACUAUUAUAGCAUAUCUCGUUUACUAUCGAAGUUCUUGAUGAAUGUUGAGCCACACAUUUAUUCUAGCUAAAGAUCUACACGUUUUCGCGUCAAGGUUUCUGCGCUAGAUCUCGAAAACUAAACAUGAUUUGUGGUUUGUUCUGCGGGGAAAUGAAAUUAUCGCAGAUCCAGGAUGCAUUAAACUUUCGGGAUAAUAUGCUAGGGGUUGUUGUCCUACUGAUAAGUGCGGCAUCGAUUGAUGCCGCUCCUCUGGCGAGCAUACACGUUAAAUUCGUGUCUCCACCUCACAGUUACGAACACGGAAUUACAACCGAUGGAGGGAAUACGGUGGCUCAAAAAUCGUUCCUUUCGAUAGGGCGAAGAAAUUCUGGAGCUGGAAUUGCGAGGCAAUUUGGCUCCAGAAAUACGCCUCUUCAAGAAGUGCAACGAUUCGAUAACGGUGCAGCUCCAACAGCCCAUAGAUCGCUACGCGGUAGAACGAUAUCUCCCGCGAAUGCCGAAGCUCUUUGGCCGAUUGGAGUAUUCUUACCACCGGUUGACGUUAACGAUUUGGGAUACAGUGCUCGGGAUCAUGUGACUCCAGAUUUUUCAGACGGACUCGAACAUCCGGAUCCCCUGUUACUCACUGGAGAUGAAGCCAUGCUGGCUGUCAAGUAUAUCUUUGGACGUGGAGAACUUUUUUACAACGAUUAUCCUCACGUGAGAGCGUUAUUGAGAAAUCAAGAAGAACGCCGACUGAACGGACUUCAGGGUAAUCUAUUGAGCAGUCUGAGGCCAGAUUCUCCGUUUUAUAGAAAGGCGAACAAUCAUGGACAUUAAAUAUUCAUUCAAGAUGAAAAUAAUGUGAAAAAGUAAAUAGAUCUUUUUUCUACA